GUCUGUAAACCAAAAUGGAAGAAAGUACAUGGAUGGGAACAAAUCCAGAGUAUGUCAAGGGUACUGGGCGCUCUCAGUUCCGGGAUUUCUUCAACAAUUCAGAGUUCAGCGAUGUCAAAAUCUUCUGUGGAGAAAAGGAGUUCUUUGGUCACAAGAUUGUGCUGUCCUCUUGCAGUGAGGUGUUUCGCACUAUGCUGUCAACAUGUAAUGUGAACCACCUGACUCUGGAGGAGAACUGUCUGAUGGAGGAAGUGUUUGAACAGGUCCUGGAGUUCUUAUAUACCUGGCAGAUCACAUUCUGUGAGGAGAACAUUACACCCCUCCUCAUGUUGGCUGACAAGUACAUGAUAGAGGACCUGAUCGCCCUUGGCAUAAAAUAUAUGGUAGAGAAUCUGUCCCAAGAGAAUGUCAUCCCUUGGUACAAGUUUGCACUGCAGUUCAACAUUGAGGCACUGUAUAAUAAGUGUGUGACCUAUCUGGGCACCAAAUUUGACAUCUUCUUUUCCAAUGGUGAACUCAUCAAGUUAGAAGUCGAUGAACUGAUGCCUAUUCUGGAUUCAGGCAUGCUUGUAACAAGGUCAGAACUUCAGGAUUCUUUCUGGUUGUCAAGUGGAUGCAAUGUUACGAUCGUGCUAUAG